CUCAUCUUCGUGAAAGUCAAACGGAGACAGAUGACUGCUGCGCCCUGAUCCGACUCUCAGAAAGUAUUGCGGCUCAGACCUGAGCUUCACUUCUCUAUAUCUUAUCCUGUUUGCUCGUCCAGCUCAGUUCAGGCUUAUAGAACUGGCAUUGAUACAUUUGCAAUGACAGAUCCGCAGGAUUUACUGGGGGUGCUAAUCGUCGUUGUUUACAGAGGUCUUGGAUUACGAACCGAUGAAGUUCCUCCGGAAAGGAAACUGUACUGUAUCUGCACGAUUGCGCAUACUUCUGAACGGACAGAGGACUCCACGCAUUCCGGGAAAGCCUGCGAUACAUGGUACUCAACUCUCUCCUCAUCCACACCUUCGCCAUACCUCGACACGAAAACUUACAGACUCGUUUUCUAGGGACUCGCAAUUACGAUUCGACAUAUACCCCGGGAUUGAAUACCUCACGUUAAAGUUAGCAGUCUUCUACGAAGAGGACGGUAAGCCGAAAGUCCUCGGGAGCACCGAAAUCAGCAUAAAGCCUGCGCUCGAGAGGCCGAUAACUACCCGCGGUGGCUCUGACGAGGGGUAUGAUCUGGAUGAUAUUCCUAUUUAUUGGAAGGAUGAGGAGGUGGGCAAUAUGAGUCUGGAAAUGUCGUUCUAUAAGAACCCGAAAACCACGCAAAAGAACAGACGCUCUGUGGGUCAGGCAGAACAACUACCACAGCCCACGCCGACACCGCAGCCAGUCAAACAAAUAAACAUCCAGCACCCUCCACCGGUUCAACGCACUCCCAUUCCACAAUCACUCCCCAACUUUUAUCCGCCGUCACAACCACAGGUACCAAUGCCGUCAGUGUCGUCUCCACUGCCGUCCCCACCAGCGCACUUUGUCCCGCCGGCGCCGUACCUACCCGGUCCACCGCUCCCUCCUAGACGCCGAACCGUCUCCCCUGAGCGGGCGAACCGGAGCCAGUUUGGGUCUGUGCCGGAGUUUCGAAAUAGCAGCCAGUCUCCGAGUCGCACUGGUCAGAGGGUAGUUGAGAUGCAGCAGAACAAUUAUCUGCCGCCGCGGACUUUGACGCCGGAUGCUGAUGCGUUUGCGCGGCAGCAACAUCCUGCUUUUCUAAAUCCUCAGGGGUGGGAUAAUACUGGCGCGUUUACACCUCAGAUCCCAUCAACUAUACCAGCCGCUCGACGCAGCUCGGAGAUGUCAUCUCCAUCAAUUCCAGCCUAUGAGCCACCACAGCCAAUUUUCCCUGCGGAAAGAACAGAGCGGCAGUUUAACGUGCCGCAGCAGUACUCCACCGACCCGUCGCGGAGGUACUCGGCUCCAAACCACGCGCCUGCUACGCCAGAGAUGAGCUCUGGCUACUUUACAGAUCCGGCGAAUUCGCGAUCGACUCCUGCUACUCCACUGUACCCCACGUCUCAUAAUAUGCAUCCUCAUAGCUCACCGAUCAUGCAGGCUUCCCACGAGCAGAUGCAGGAGAAUUAUCAUAGAGGGUCCUACGCUUCUGAGGAGCCAAUAUCGCCGUUACAGCCUCGGCCAAUGACAUUCACGAACGGAAGCGCAAAUAAGCGGUCGCCAUCUACAUUUUCGAGAUUAAGCUACUCGGAAAGCGUAUUUCAAGAGUUGGCAUCUGCUGAACUAUCUCCGCGCGUGUAUGCGCCAGACAUGUUUGAUCGCAGCGAGACGCAUACGGUGCCUCCACCUGCUACCCCAGUUCCGCAGCAACCAGUUCAUCCAUCCCCACAGCCGUCUGCUGCUUCCGAAAGCAGGAAAGUUCCUCGGAAACCCUUACCAAAGAAUAGUCCGCUCGCCGCACAGCUCCAGUCAGACAGCAACACCAUGAAACUGCCACACCUCCCCGGCGGCUGGGAUACCUCGCCUGUAUCCGAGGACCCUCCUCGAAAGUCUCAGACGCCGCCGCAACCCUCUGCCGUCCGUCGCGUGCCUGUCCCCGCUCCUGCUCCCGCUCCUGCUCCGCCACCAGUGUUUGCCUCCGCCGCAUCGAUCGCGCUCUCGCCCGCGCUCCAGAAACUCGACAUCACGCGCACGCGCCGCGGCAAAACCGACCCAGACAGCGACGAACUCCAGCCGUCGUCGCACGCACCCGAACUCGGCACGCAAGAAGGGCUCGAGACGUUAUCUGCUGUGAGCCCCGAGCACCGAAAGAUGAUGGCCCGGCGCGAGGAGGUCAGACGGCAGAAGAUGAUGGAGGAGAAAGCGAGGUUGGCGGGUACUCCGCCUUUGCCGCCGAAGAUUCCGAGGGGGAUUACCAAAGAGGAGUGGGAGGCUUUGGCAGCGGCGAGGAGGAAGUCGAGUUACGAUUGAUAGAUCUUUGAGCACGCACAGGACAUAAAAUCUACAUUUUUUUUACUUUUUACGUCGUCAUUUUCGUUACUGCAUGAUUGGCUUGGAUAUAUAUUUCGUCUGCUUUUACUUUACGUUCGAUUUCAAUUUUUUUGUAUAUGCAUUUUGAGUUUGAAGAUAGUAUCGUUCAUUGUCAGACAAC